AUGAUCUCUCAACGAUUCAAUUAUUUGCUCGUAAUGUAUUUAUUCGUUCACUAUUCAUCCGCUCAUCAUAUUUCCAUUGAUUUUCCUCGUUUAUGUGUUUAUCGGAAUGAUUCAUCUCAGUAUUAUCCAUGUGUAUUAAAUUAUAUUGGACUCAGUAGUUGGUCAUUGUAUCGUUGUCCUGAACAGUCAACAUUUGACGAAGCAUCACAACGUUGUCUAGUAAAAGUUGCUGUCAAUGAUGCUUUUGACCAACUCGCCUCACAACCGACAACAGAAAUGGCUCAAUUUCAUCGUGUAGCCAGUUUUAUUCUAGCUACACCAGUGCCGAAUGAAGAUCAAGAUCUACAACAACAACCCAAACGACUGGUCUCGUUGCCACCAACUAUUGACAAACUUAUGGAACCAUUUUCAAUGGACAAACUUCCCCGAAAACGCGCGGAAAGAGAUAUUGACGAUCAUUCAGGAGGUGUUAUAUGGUCCCAUGGUUCUCCAUUGAUGAGAGUUGAUAGCAAACCCAUUGCAGACGAUAAGCCAUCAAUUAAUGGAAAAGUAGGUCGUUUUUCCGUCGUUCAGCGCCAUCGUGUUCCUGUUAACGAAGACGAACUUAAAUACAAAAAGAUUUGUUAUUUUACUAAUUGGGCACAAUAUCGACUCGGCCCUGCUAAGUUCGAUCCAGAGAACAUAGACCCGUUUCUUUGUACACACAUUAUCUAUGCCUUUGCAUACAUUAAUAACCAGACACUAUUGAUCAAAACAGUCGAAGACAACGAUGAAGAACUGUAUCGACGUAUCAAUGCGCUGAAAACUUUGAAUCCGAAAUUAAAAACACUGCUUGCUGUCGGUGGAUGGAACAUGAAAUCGUAUGCGUUUUCUACAAUGGUGCAUCACCAUGAGAAACGACGAAAUUUCAUCUUCGAUACGAUUAAUUUCCUUCGAAAACAUAAUUUCGAUGGUUUGGAAAUCGAUUGGGAAUAUCCAGGAAUACGCGGUGGACAGAACAAUGAUAAGUAUUACCUGACUUUAUUUCUCCAAGAAUUCAAAGAUGCAGCUGUUGCACAAGCCAUAGUGACAGGUCAAUCUCGGCUGAUUUUAGCUGCUGCUGUUGCUGCCAAUCAAGAAAUUGUUGCGCAUGCUUAUGAAAUCGAGAAGAUUGCGAAAAUUUUAGACUUUAUCAACAUAAUGACUUAUGAUUUCCAUGGUGCAUGGCAAAACUAUACGGGUGUAAACGCUCCACUGUAUAGACGUUACGACGAACUUGAUAGAGAUGGACUGCUCAAUCAAGACUUUGGUGUUACAAUUUGGUUACAAAAUGGUGCUGCGGCACAUAAGCUUGUUCUUGGCCUACCUCUGUUCGCUCGUAGUUUUCUUUUAGCACGAUCCGAUCAGAAUGAUCUUCAUUCGCCAACUGUAGGCAAUGGUAGUGCAGGACUCUUUACCCGCACUCCUGGUUUUCUUUCCUAUUUCGAAGUUUGUCUAUUACAAACUGACUCCAAGUGGCAAAAACGUACAGUAACCGAUGGAUCGGAAUCGGAAUACAUGUUCAAAGAUCGUGAAUGGAUUUCAUAUGAAACAUUGGACAACAUUCGCAAACGCGCCGCAUAUGUCGUAGCGAAGAAUUUAGGCGGAAUGUUUGUUUGGUCUCUUGACAUGGAUGAUUUCAAUGGCGCAUUCUGUAACAAUGGCACCUAUCCUUACAUAAGAAAUUCUUUAGCACUCCUUCCAACAUCUAUGCCAUCUUAUGUUUAA